AUGAUUGCACUGUGCAGAGCCAAAUGUUUUAUUCUACAUUUGCGAGAGGAGUCAUGCAAUAUACCAAAUGCUCAAAGAGGCUUGAAAGGCAACAUGAUCAUUUUCCUGCAACGUCCUUCAAAAGUGUUGGAGAUGCUUCCUCCAUCAAUUGAAGAUGUAUUAACACCGAUAUGGGUUUUAUUUGUUGGUUCAUCUCCACCAACUACCGAUUGGUUGCGCAAGCAUGCUAAACCAUUGAUCGUGCAUAAAGAGAAAGUCUGGUCAGCAUUAGUGUGGUUGUGUGAACAUAACGUACUCUAUAGCGACGUGCUCAUCGAUCAUGACUGUUUGGAUUCAAUGAGUGAGGAAGAUAUUUUGCCAGUUCAUAUUGAAACUGUGCCUGAGGAUGAUGCACGCGCUGAAGAUGUUGCAGACUCGAGUACAGCAUCAUCCGCUGAGGAUGUCUUCCAACAUGUCAUUGUCACUGAUGUGGAUGGCAAUGCUCCAGGUCAUGAAUUGCGUGCAGCCGCACCUCGUCAUGUGAAAGAACAGUGUGUCCCGCAUGGGCUGAAUCCUAUGAACGAAUACGUUAAUCCUGAGUUACUCCCAAAGGUUUAUCCCACUCUGUUUCCAUAUGGAGUUGGGGGGUUUGAGCAUCCUCGUCGUACAAGUCCAGUAUCGUUUAAACGCCAUAAAAUCGCUCUUACAUACCAGUUUAAAAGUCAAACGGACUUCAUUCGGUACAGUGUCACAAAGUUUUGUGUCUGUGUCAUCAGCAGCGGUUCAUACGGUUGCUGA